AUGGCUUCGACGUUCGUCAAUGUGGGACCAAUCAAGGGUCUGGAUUACGUCGGUUUCCGACCCUCCAGACCUCUCAAGCUCAAUUCGGGUCGGACCCAGUUCGACCCAAGACCGCUCCGCCGCCUGAUUGUUAGAGCCGCCGACGGCGACGGCCAAGUUGGGAAGACCCGGAUGAGCGACGCCGAGUGUGAGGCUGCCGUCGUUGCCGGAAACGUGCCGCAAGCACCGCCAGCGCCGCCUAAGCCCGCCCCGCCAGCUGGCACUCCGGUGGUGCCUUUGCUUCCUCUUAGUCGCCGGCCCCGUCGUAACCGGAGGUCACCGGCGCUCAGGGCGGCGUUUCAGGAGACAAGCUUGUCCCCUGCGAAUUUUGUGUACCCACUUUUCAUUCAUGAAGGUCAGGAAGACACACCUAUUGGGGCAAUGCCGGGGUGUUAUCGGCUUGGGUGGAGACAUGGGCUUGUCGAGGAGGUCGCGAAGGCUAGAGAUGUUGGUGUUAAUAGCAUUGUGCUCUUCCCCAAAAUCCCAGAUGCUUUGAAGAAUGCAACAGGUGAUGAAGCCUAUAACAAUGAUGGUUUAGUGCCUCGAUCAAUCCGGUUGCUUAAGGACAAGUUCCCUGAUCUGGUAAUCUACACUGAUGUUGCUCUAGAUCCAUAUUCCUCAGACGGCCAUGACGGUAUUGUUAGGGAAGAUGGAGUUAUAAUGAAUGACGAGACUGUACAUCAAUUGUGUAAACAAGCUGUUUCUCAGGCCCGAGCUGGAGCAGAUGUGGUUAGUCCGAGUGAUAUGAUGGAUGGUCGUGUAGGAGCUAUUCGAACUGCUCUUGAUGCUGAAGGUUUUCAUCAUGUUUCUAUCAUGUCCUAUACAGCCAAGUAUGCGAGUUCAUUCUAUGGUCCAUUUAGGGAAGCACUGGACUCAAAUCCACGUUUUGGUGACAAGAAAACUUAUCAGAUGAACCCAGCAAAUUAUAGAGAGGCUGUGAUUGAGGCAGGUGAAGAUGAGUCUGAAGGAGCUGAUAUCCUCCUGGUGAAACCUGGUCUGCCAUAUCUAGAUAUCAUAAGAUUACUCCGGGAUAGCUCUUCUUUGCCAAUCGCUGCAUAUCAGGUUUCUGGUGAGUAUUCAAUGAUCAAGGCUGGUGGUGCUCUCAAAAUGAUUGAUGAAGAAAAGGUUAUGCUGGAAUCCCUGAUGUGUCUACGAAGGGCUGGUGCUGACGUUAUCCUCACAUACUUUGCCCUGCAAGCUGCCCGAAGUUUAUGUGGUGAGAAGAGCUGAGAUUUGGAAGAUACAAGAUUGUUUAUUGGGGAAAGCCAUCAAAAUUUUCUUGAUUUCGUUUUCUAUUUGGUAGUAGAACUUUAGAACUGAGUUGAAUUGGAAAUGAGGUGUAAUGGACAUCGUUUUUGUUACAAAGCUUGGGUAAAGGAAUGUGACAUAAUGGAAAGGUGUGUGCUGUCUAAAUAUCAAGCACUAUAUCCUCUUUAUUCUGUUC